AUGAAGAUUCUAUUUAUAAUUAAAAUUUAUACGUUUAUACUUUUAAAAGGGAUAUAUCAUAUUUACAAUUAUAUGGUAAUUAAUUUUAACAAAUCUAUGGAUAAGUAUUACAAUCUUGAUAUAAAUGUAGAUACAAAAAUAUGUCGUUUAUUAGCAAAAUGUGAACAGAUUAAGGAUUCAUAUGUUGCAGGGUUAAAACAGAAGAUACCAAAUUAUGGAGAGAAUGAAAAAUAUAAUAUAUCUAAUUAUGAAAAGACGCUAAAAGUAAAGAACAAACAAUCAAAUGGAAGUUCAUCAAAAAGCACGAGAAGACAAAAUCAAGCAAUUAAAAAUAAAUCGUGCAUGUUUGAAACAAAAAAAUAUUCUCGUCUUGAAAAAAAAAUAUUUAAGGAACUUGAUUAUUUCGAUUUUCUUAAAAACAACAAAAAUAUUAGUGAUAAGCUUUACAAAAAGAUUAUACGUAAAAAAUGUGGCUUGCGAAUUGCUUUACCUUUAUUAUUGUUCUUGUUUUUAUCAAUAUCACUAAUAUUUGAUUUGUUUUGUGGUUAUGGUCUUAUAGGGAAUUUGUUUGUUGUACUGAAGAUGUUCUCAUUAACUAAAUGGAUGAAUCCUUUUAAUAAAUGGUUGUUUGCUUCCCCUUUUAGCUGGAUGGGUGUAAAAAAAAUAAAAGUGACGGUAGGGAGAGUGACCAGCUACAAGUCUAGUAUUAUUAGUAGUUUUUUUAGUUUUCUAAUUUAUUUCCUACCUCUCUUCAUAUUAGGUGUCACCAAAUGUAGUAGCGAUAUUUUAUUAUCAUACAAAAGUAAAAAAAUUUGA